AUGCUGAAACGCGGAAAGUACCGAAUGGAAAAGCAAAGCGGGAAGAUCUUGCUAACAGAGGCGCGCACGCGGAUAGAGCAAGACGGUUGUACGGGUACUCCUCCACCCAAUUUGUCCCACCGGUCCCUGUUAUACCCCGAGCAGACCAGUGUUACCCUGGAGCCCACUUACCACAUUGUCACCCAACAACCUCCGUCCACCCUGUCAGUGGAAAAAUACAUUCCCACCGUCCCAACCAGCCCAAUCUCGCAAGAAUUGAACCCCUCCAGUCCCUGUUCCAUUGGGUCGAACCCAAAACCACAGACGUCCCAGUUGCCUCCGCCUCGACCAGUACCAAACAGCCUAUCCCGUCGUCGUCUGAUGAACCAACGAGGAGCCCAACAUGGCCGGCAAGAAGUGAUACUCCAGAUCCCCGCCGGCAGAACUCCAUUGAAGAGGCAGUCUCAUACGUCAGGGAGUCAGAAAAACAGUCCGCCUGGCUGUCCUUCCAAUCCAAUCAAUGUAGACGACACCGACAUGAUCAACCAGUUGUAUGCUGGAACAUAUGACUUGGAAGGUGACGAUCCCCCCACUCCCCAAUCCAACACCUCAUCUAACACCAGACAAAAAUACCACCAAGGUGUUUGCAACAACGCUCCCUAUUGCCAAAACUGCGGUUGGAGCAAUCAUUGCACAUACUACUGCAAAGCUGACUACUGCCCCAAUUGUGACCGUUGUGCACCGGUGUCAUGCACCAAAGUUGAUUGGUAG